ACGGCAUCAGCGUUUCUGGGCCUGUGUUGCAGAAGAAGCACGCAGACUCUGGGCUCGGUCGAGGACUGGGUCGAGGACUGGGUCGAGGGCUGAGUUCAAUUUUAUCAUUCGGAGGCCCUCGACGGCCCCCUCGGGUGCAUUGUUUCUUGUUGUUUCCUUUGCGGCUCCGUCCAUCCACGAGUCACCGUGACACGACGUCGAUGUUGUCCAACACCAUCACAAUCAUUUAGCAUUUUUGAUGUUUAUUUAUUGAUAUUUUAUUUUGAAUAUCACCACACUCUUUUAGAUACACACGGUUAACUAACCAACUAACAACAAUGGGCUUACAACUACUCUACGGGGCUGCCCUCCUCGGCGCCUCUGUCCAGGCAUUCGCCUUCCUCCCACAACCAACAGACCCCUUUCAAGCGCUCCCAGUCGAGAAUGGAUGGACUCCAAAACCAACACCAGCACCAGAAGGCCAUGGACUGUUCAAGCGUCAGAUCAGCCUCCCCUCGACCUAUCUUAUAGCCUCGGAUAACACCUGCGGCUUCAUCAAUGGCAAUUCAAGAUCCGCGUAUGCCUGUCUCGACGAUGACAUGCAGUGUGCCUUCAUCCCGUCCUCGGGCAAGAUUCCCGGCGCUGCCGGGUGCUGCAAAGGCACAGACUGUUCGUUCCGGAUCGCGUGUAUUGACAGGAGUGAUAUGGACGACUGUGACGAGGACUGCGAGGACGACCCCUUGACCUUGAAAUGUUCCGGCGCGGCCAGGUUCUGCAACACGGUCGCCUUUCCGGGAGGCGUCACAGACUACUACUGCAGCGCAAGGAGACGGACCUCGGCCCUUGAGGCGGAGACCACUCACAGCCGCGACAAGAGCAGGAGCAUGUCAACCGUCAAGCCCAAGGCCACCUCAACCACUAAGAAGUCGAGCACGUCGACCAAGAAAUCGUCGUCUUCAACUUCCGAGUCAUCGUCAACCGAGACUACCUCCGAGACAACAUCGGAAACAACAUCCGAAGCCACGUCCGAAGAGCCUGCCUCCGCCACCGAACCCCCGGCCGCUUCAACCACGGCCGACUCGGACCGCUCUAGCGCCACCACUUCUUCGACGGAACCCGUAGCUUCGGAUGCCCCUUCGACGCCAAUCGGCGCUAUCGUGGGAGGUGUCCUCGGCGGCAUCGCCCUCAUCGCCCUCGCCAUCUUUGGCGCCAUCUUCCUCCGCCAGCACAAGAAGAAGAACGAGGCCAUGGCCGAGCUCCCGCCGCCUCAGCCCUUCAUGGCCCAGCCGACAUACCCCAACACCCAACCACCCACCGCACCUUACGGGCAAGACUCCGCCUCCGCCCGCAUGUCCGGAUACGCCGCGUCCUCCGUCGCCGGCACCCCGGCACAAAUGUACGCCACCCCAGUAGCCGCAACGGGCGUCGGCGCUGCCGCUGGUGCUGGCGCUGCAGCAGCAGCAGGCUCCUUCAACUCGUACCACAACCACCAACCGAGCAACCACACCGGCAACUACCCCGAGUACCACAACAACAACGCCUACUCCGAACACCAGCCGAGCCCGAUGACCACGCCCGGCGGCAGCCCCCAACUGCAAUACGCACAAUACGCCCACCAAAUGCACGCGCCGCCCCCGCUCCCCGCACCAUCCUACUACAACAACUCGCCGCGCGCGUCGCAGGACCACUACCGCGGCGGCAGCGGCGGCACAGGCACAGGAAUACCAGGAGGCGAGAACGGGCCAGCCGAGAUCGGCGACGGCGCCUGGGCGGGCGCCGAGCUCCCCGACCGCCGCUCCACCUCCACCCCCGUGUCCACCUACAACGGCACCACGCCCGUCAGCCCGGCGUCCGCGCUAGGUCCCAUGCCCGGCGAGUCACAGGGUAAUGGGGGGAGUGGUGUUGGGAGCGGUGUGCCGCUGAGCCUGCAGCCGGGGAUGGGGUACCGGCCGUAUCGGCCACCGGGAGCGGGGGGGAAUAACCCCGGGAACGCGCCGGGUGGGAUGGUGGUGCCGCGCAAGGCGGUGCCCUCCGGGCCGUCGCCUGCCGCGCAAGCACAGGGUCAGGCGCAAGGGCAGGCGCCAGAUCAGCAGGGGCAGGGGGGCGCCGCUGGGGGGCAUCAGCAGACGGUUGCGGUUGAGUUGCCUUGAUAGAUACAGCGGGGUUGGGGGAUGGCGGGUAAUGGGAAGAGGGAAGGGGGGAUUCAAUUUUUGCAUGAGAGUGUUAUACCCCAUAUUGUGCUGACGUGGGCAUAUCACCAUUUUCUUUUAGAGCGGUUGCCUUUCAUGAGGGAUGGAUGGAGUGUUUUCGGGUUGGGGAUGGUUUGAACGGGUGGCCGUGGAGAGAGAUCCCGUCUGUUUUGGACACGCCCUGUAUUGGACACGCUAGAUUUCUUGAUUCUUGUAUAUACUUCAACACGAGUACGAACCAUGGUCCUGACUCCUUGUCUGUCCUCGAGGUUCAACGUCCAUCCACAGUGAA